AUGCAAACCAUAUUCGAGAAGUCAGACAUUUCAAAAUCAGGGGAGUUUUGAACCCCAACAACAGAAGCCAAGGAAAAAUUAACGAAAAGCUUGGUUUAUCAAGGAGUCCUAUGGGAAUUAAUUCAGCCAGGACUUAUUAAGAAAAGAAAUAUUUUGGUUUCUGGCAAAGCUCUUUUUGUACUCAAAAAGGACCUGAGCGUAGCCAAAAAAAUGGUAAAUCUUGAAUGGAAAAUAGUGGAACCUUUUGUUGAAACUUGCAAUGAAAGAUCUCGAUAUGGGCUCCGAAUUCUAUAUAAAAGCCAUGGAUUUGACUUUUAUGCAGAAAGCAGCGAAGAUCUUGACCAUUGGGUCGAAAAUUUAUCAAAAAUCGCCAUCAUGACUAACGUCGAAGAUGAUUAUGAAUUCGCCAAAGUCAUAGGCCGAGGCGGUUUCGCGAAGAUUUACCUCGCUAAAAAUAUCGAGACUCAGCAAGAUUUCGCCAUAAAAUCCAUCGAAAAAUCACAAGUGGUGAAUUUCCCGAGUAAUUUCGCACAACUUGUGAGCGAAAUCAAAAUCAUGCGAUCACUUGACCACCCAAAUGUUGUAAAACUGCACAAAGUCUAUGAAAGCGAAACUCAUAUACAUUUAGUGCUUGACUAUUUGGCUGGCGGUGAUCUUAUGAAAAGGCUCAAAUUGAAAUCCUUUUACCCUGAGGAGUUAGCUGCAAAACUUGUGUAUAAACUUUUACAAGUUUUGAGCUACUUGCACUCAAUGGGUAUCACACACAGAGAUAUAAAGUUGGAAAACAUAGUUUUGCUGUCUAAGUCAAAUGAUAUUGAGUUCAAACUUAUUGACUUUGGGCUUUCAUGUGAAAAUACUGAAAGUAUGAAACUCAGGUGCGGCUCUCCUGGGUAUGUAGCUCCAGAGAUUUUGAUGAAGCAGCCAUAUACUUCAAAGGUUGACAUUUAUUCAGCUGGAAUACUACUAUAUACUUUACUGUCAGGAGUUUUUCCUUAUUGUGAAAUAGGAUGGAAUCAAAAAUCGAUAGCUAAAAGCAAGGAUUUCAGGCUAUUUUUCGAAGAUGAGCAAUGAAGCCAUGUAUCAAGGGCAGCAAUCCUUAGUUUUAAGCUUAAUUAAGAGGUGGGAAUAGAUUUAUUAGGUAUGUAAUUAGCAAGGGCCCUCAAGUGGGUUCAUCUGCUGUUGGUGGCUUGAUUGGUUGAAAUGAUUGCUCCUUGAACUUCUGGUACAUGUAAGACUGAAGUUUUCGCGCGCUGAGGACUCCUGCCUUAAUGGAUCCAGUUUGAGAGGGCAGACUAUGGCCUUGCAUUUGGUGAAUGGGUAUUAGGGAGGAGAACCCUGGAGUCUAGCAGGUUUAAAGUGCCCUCUCUUAGCAGCUGCAAUGAAAAGACUCGUUUCUAUGGCCUGAGCCGAUAACUCCUGGCUUCUUAGGGAGGAAGACCUUGGACCCUAAAACAAUGACAGACUAUCUCGAUUUCCAAAAUCAGGAGCUAAGCCAAAACUUACUCAGAAAUAUAUAAACUCUAGCCAACCUUGAAUAUCGAAUGGUUUAUAGCCCAUUAAGCUUUGGCCAUGAAGUUGAAAAACCUGCGUCAAGAGGUCAGAUGCACAUAGGCCCCCACUUUAUGUGCAUCAAAGGCAGCAAUCCAAAUGGUGAUUUGAAUGACAGAUCCUAAUCCCUCAUGCAGGAUCAGCAUAGAAGAUGCCCUGACCUCAAAAUGAAUUUCAUCAUUCAUUACAGGCAUAAAAAUAAAUGACAUACAUAGGAACAGCAAACUACGAAUAGGCAAAACAAGGGGCGAGAUCUCCAGAGUAAAAACAUGCCACACAGAAAGAGAUCUUGCAUUAAUCAAUGAAAGAUCAAAAGAAAGUCCAGCCACUGACAAAUCACCAAACAGCCGAGAAGAACACAAUAGAAACAAGCAGAUAGAGCUAAAAGAAGCACAAACUCCAAAAUAUAAUGCGAGCAUAAGGAGGAAGUCUUUGCAUAUACUAAAAGACUUGAGAAAAUUUGAAAAUAAUUAA